AUGGAUGAUGGCUCACUUUCCGACCCCAAAGGCGGUAACAAUCAUAUACUGGCCGCUUCGCUCCAUCUUCGAAUCAACAUACAAGGGAGGAAAUUGCAGAUUAGCGACUAUUUCCUCUGUCUAGCGUGGGUCUCUGCGGUUGUGACUGCAUCGUUCGAUAUCCAGUUCACGGCGAUGGGCGCGUUGCAUCAAAACAUCAAGAUCAACCUCGAUGGUUUCAAAGGAAGCGACGAAGAGGUUAUACUGGUCAUGAGGCUGUUUUGGGCCAGCAGCAUACCAUUUUUUACAACAUUCUAUCUCUGCAAAGGGGCCCUUCUUGCCGUCUACGUUCAACUAUUCCCCAUUUUCAUGUACUAUCGAAGAAUGAUGUUAUGGACGGCUAUCGUGUACUGCGGGCUGGCGUACUUGGUCAGCAUGAUACUGCUUUUUACCGUUUGCUUACCACUCAGUAAGAACUGGGCUGUGGAAGAUCGGAUUGUUGGAACAGAAAAUGUCAUGUGCUCGGCCUCAUCUCCUGCUAUUGUGUUCCAAGUCGGAUGGGCAUUGCAUUUCUUUGGAGAUAUUAUGAUCUUUUGCCUCCCCUGGCUCAUCCUACCUGACUUGAAGAUCAAGAGAGCCCUCAAAAUCGGUGUUUACUGUACUUUUGGUCUCGGAAUCAUCAACAUGACGUUUUCUCUCGUCCGCUUCAUCACUAUUCAGACUGCACCGGUGGAGGCAUUGCCGUUCGGUUUAGUCGAACUUUGGAGCGAGCUGGACGUCAACAUUGGUCUUUUAGUUGCGACCUUACCAUGCCUCAGGCCAUACUUCCGAUCGAACCGACGAGCUGGCUAUUCGGACAAGUCGAACGGGUACAACUACAAGUCAACUGUCAAAACACCGAUGCACAUUACACGCAUGAGCAGAUUCGAAGUCAUCAGCGAGCCGGCAUACUACCACAACGUUGAUCUUGAACAUAUGGCGGCUUGUUCGGCCACUUCGCAAUCACAGAAGUCCAGUGAGACGGUGUAG